AUGGAGGGCUUCCCGCAGGUCGUGGAGCUGAACGUGGGCGGCGUGUUCUACUCGACGACGCCCGCCACGCUGACGCGCGAGCCCGAGUCGCUGCUGGGCCGGCUGUUCUCCGGGGCCGCGCCGCCGCCGCCCAAAGACUCCAAGGGCAAGUACUUCCUGGACCGCGACGGCGUGCUGUUCCGCUACGUGCUGGACUACCUGCGCAGCGGCGUCCUGGUGCUGCCGGACUCGUUCCGCGAGCGCGAGCGCCUCCGCGAGGAGGGCCAGCAGAUGGCGCUCUCCGGCAUGCUGGAGGCCAUGGGCGCGCAGGAGCGGGCGCGGCCGCCCGGCUUCAUCACGGUGGGCUACCGGGGCAGCUUCGCGUUCGGCCGCGACGGCCUGGCCGACGUCAAGUUCCGCAAGCUGUCCCGCCUGCUGGUGUGCGGGCGGGUGGCGCUGUGCCGCGCCGUGUUCGGCGAGGCCCUCAACGAGAGCCGCGACCCGGACCACGGCAUGACGGACCGCUACACCGCGCGGUUCUUCCUCAAGCACUCGUCGCUGGAGCAGGCCUUCGACUCCCUGCAGGAGCAGGGCUUCCGUCUGGCCGGCUCCUGCGGCUCGGGCACCGCGGGCGGCAGCGCCGACCUCAAGCCCGGCGUCGACUCGGAGGAGAACCGCUGGAACCACUACAACGAGUUCGUGUUCGUGCGUGACUAGACCGCCCCGCGCGCCCCGCGCGUGUGUGCGUGCGUGCGCGUGUGAGAGUGCCGCCGCGGCGUCCUGCCCGCGUCCUGCCCGCGUCCUGCAGGCCAACUGGAUUACUCGUCGCCGGGAUAGUGACAUCGCACAUCGUCAGUGGAGUCUUCGGGACGGCGGUGAGAUGAAUAAUCGAAAGCAGUUCGAUUAUAGUGCGCGGCACCCACCGCCUUGUCGGUUUCAUUCUUAUCGCUGCGGCCGGAAGUAGGCUACUGUAGUGGUACCAGACCGCAGUAGGAAAUCACUCCAGUCACUCUUUAGAUCACUCAACAAAGUUAUCUCUUACUUCAAAUUUGUAUGGUUACGACUACUUCUACUCCUACGGAACAGGAUAUCACUUUGAUCAAUGUACUUGUUAAUAUGCGCAUUUACUUCUCCCCUAAACUGCUUUUAACUGCAGUGUUUUUGAGGUAGUAUGUUACGAUGGAAACUAAAAAGAAACUUUUAUUUGAUAAUAAUGAACAUUUUGUAAAUAGUGAACAUAAUGUCUGUCAACUGUGAUAUGGCGAAUGACCGUAGGCUCGACCCCUGAACGCAUGUCUCCUGUGUGCCAAAGUGUGGCGUCAUUUUGGGACGUUACAAUCAUCAAGUGUAGAAAGUCUUGCGAAAAUAUUUUCCAUUUUUUGCCCGAACGAUGUUUAAGAUCUGUCAAGGUAAACUCAACGCUCAUUCACGACAAUACCAAUCGGGCAUUUUAAUGAGGGAUUCACUUUGUAAUCGUGUCUGAAUUCGCCCUCACCUGUCUUUCUGAAAAACACACGAAUUCGGAGGAACAAUGCGUCGCAGGCGGCGUGCGCGAAAGUGGGGUACAACUUGUACUGUUUUUUUUCUUCAUUUUUUUUCUUUUUUUACUGUUAAGACUUUCCAUUAUUGUUUUUCGUUUCUCUUCUUGUUAAGGGGGUAGCCUCUCCAGCCUAGCCCGGACCGCCCGCCUAGCCACCGCAAUUUGCUCAAAGAGGAGAGUUUCACUUGUUGUUCCUAAUGAGAAAUUUCGCGGCUCGUUGCGUCUAGUCCUCCGUGGACCGCCGUGGACCGCCGUGGACGCGGCGCGAUUAAAAAUUCACCAGCCUCGGCCAGGCAACGCCAGGCUACCCAUCACGCAAUUUAAUUCCCGCCUCACGGUUGAGAAAUUCCUUUGGAUGGGGAGGCUAAUUUCAUUUGAUAACGCGGCGCGCCAGGCCGCGAGGCCAAAACGAGUUUUACCUUUUUUUGCGGUGUGGGGCCGGCUUGGGCGCGCGGAGAGGCUGCCCUUUGUUCGCUGCAUUCUGUUUGUUGACGCCGCGGUCCUCGGACAGGGCCUCGGUGGAGGCGGCCGCCUCGCCUCGACUCGCACCUGGACAA